AUGUGUAAAUUAUCGUUGGCAGGCUUUGGAGUUGAAUAUUUUGGAUUAUCAAAAGAAGGAGAGGUUUCCAAGACCGACAUGCAAAAAUAUAGAACUAUUCUAAAUUCAAAAUCAAAUGAAGAAUCGUUAACUAACCUUGCAAGAUGGGAGCCUCGUCAUGGCAAAUUUAGAUAUCGUCAUCCUUGGAAGCAAUAUUUGGUAAUUGGAAGCUUAAACAGGGAGUGUGCCUAUCGCCUUGAAGUUCUUAACGGAUGCCUCAAAGCUAACCAAUUUCAAAUGCCAUCACAAGUCCAUGGUCAAUUCCAAGAGGAAUGUAGGAAGAUAUGCAGUGAAUCAAGUCGUGGGUUAAGAGAAUUAUCAUUAGCACUAAGAAAAAUGGUUCCUCCACUAACAGCCAAAGCCCACAUAGAAAAAGCAAAGAUUGCAGCUGAGAACCUCAAGUCCCAUUUGGAAGAAUGGAGAUUUGAAGAAGUGAAUAAUGCUAUGGAGAUUGUUCAUGUUAUUUCAUUGACAUCACUUCUAUUUGACACAAUUUGUUGUAUAGAGAAGAUUGUGGAUUCCGUUCAAAAGUUAGCUUCAAUGGCAGGUUUCAAGGCUGUGGAAGUACAAUCAGGUGUAGCACCACAGCAACAAAAUGAUUUGCAAGAUGGGUCAUUGCAGCCAUGCCAUGGAACUACUAUUCUUUUAGCUCAUCAUGUUAUUACCAUUGAUGAAGAAACUCCUUGUUAAUGCUUUGAAGCAUUUUCAAAU